GAUACAGUAUAAUUAUGUAUGCAAUAGUUUUAUUCGAUGAAACUAAUACAACAGAUUAUGUGCCACUAACUUGGAUAAGUGGAGUUGACAUCAAUUCACUUGCAUCCAGUGUUAAAAAUAAAGUAUCUGUUAAAGUCUUUUGGCCAAAUGGUAAAAAUUUAAAUCCAACUAGUAUUGCAAAGGCUAAAAAUAAUCUAAUGGAUCCGGAUGUGCAUUGGCCUUUAUUUACUGCUAGAAUACUAGGAAUUGCAGACAGUCUUACUGAAGCACGGUCAAAAGCGAAAAGAGCCGAGGACACCUCCAACCUAGAUACAGCAGAAGAAAAUGCAUUGAAACGUGUUAGAAGGUGUAAAAUGAUUAGUUCUUCUGAGAAUGAAGGAGAAGAUAAUGAUCAGAUUAUACCAAGUAAAAAGAAAACUUGGCACAAAAAAAGAACACCCAAUGAUUUUUGUGUUACUCAAGUAGACAAACCUACUCCACCAUUUAUUCACAAAGAGACUCAUUCAAAAAAAGAAAAUUUGCUGAAUCUUUAUGGAAGUGAUAUUGAGUUGAGCAAUUGCGAGUCUAAUGUUUUACCAGCUGCAAGACUAGACUUUGAAAUAGACAAAUGUAACAGUUCAACAUCAAAAUAUUCUCAAUCGAAAAGUAUAUUGAUAGAUUCUGCCUCUUUUCAAAACAAAUCAUCACCUGUUCAAACAAUUAAUCAUAAGUUAUUAACAGGUAUUGUGCCAAUUAUAUAAUAUAAUGUUAACUCAAAUAAAUGACUAAUGAAAUAUAAUAAUAAAAAUAUAAUGUUAACUGAAAUAAAUAUUUUAGUAAAAUAUGUUUAGUAAAAUAGUUAGUAAAAUAAGAACGUUUAGUAAAAUAAUUAGCAACUGUAAUUAGUAAUCAGGAAGAUAUAAAAAAGACUCAAGCAAUGCAUACAGCACAAAUUCAAUCUAUCCGCCGCAAACUUGAUUUAAAUGAUCAUAUCUCUCCAGAUCUUCCAGAAGGUAUUCCAUUACCAGCUAAGUCAAUGGAAGAAAUAGAUAUUUUAACACAGAAGCUGGAAAAUCUCCUGCGGUCUCCUGCGAUAUUGGAAGUUAUUAAAGAAAAACAAAUGUUGAUGAUUUCAUAAAAACCUUGUUUUCCGCCAUUUAGCUAUGAAGUUUAUUAUAUCAAACAAAUGAAAUUGGCGUGAAACUUAAUUUUAAGUUUUUUGCUUGUAGAACUUUU